AUGAUCAACCACUUCCCUCCCUCAUCACACGCGCAGUACAUUCAUGUUCCUCCGAAAGAAAAGUGUAACGGCGACUUCCGCAGAGAUCCAGUGCUAGACACUAGGCCUCGUCUUGAAGGUUGGCGUAUGACUUGUAGAAGUCAUGUGUUCAGGCACAAGCUGGUGGAAAUUGCGAAGAAGUUUCAUCGAAAAUUCUUGGAACGCAUAGGAUUCACUCUGAAAGAUGCCGAACUCGCGCGAUUACGCCGCUUUCAUCCUAAGUUUGAUAUUGAGCAAGAAUGUGAAGAACUGGAACAGGCUAAACUCCCUGAAGAUGAACAUGACGCAAGUGAGCAGCACUUCGAAAUGAAGGAUUACUUUGCAAUGGUCGACACUAGCGUACCACUCCCAAAAGCGGUUUCGGCUGCGCUUGAAGAUUUGAAGAGUCCGGUGAAGAAACUUAUCAGCUCUAAUUCGGCAGUACCUCUCUCACCGCGUCAAUUUGCUGAAAAACAAGCCUCAAAACCGAAAGGAUCGAUGUCUCUGCUCGAAAGGAUUCGUGCGAAAGAAGCUGAAAGGAAAGCUGCCGAAAAGCUAAGAGAUCCUGUGAUAGAAAGAAAAAUAGAACUGCUCCAGCGCAUUCUACAUGGCCUCUUGCGAUGUAUCACAACGUACUUUGCAUUCAAGAAAGUUCGUUCAAUGGACUUGAGGACGCUGUCUGAACAGGUCGCAAGGAGCCAGUCGUCUAUGAAUCGUGAUUUGCUGAUGGAACAUCUCACGAUACUCUGUGAGGUUGCGCCGAGUUAUCUGGCGUUCACGGAAUUAGGUGGUAAGAAGUAUCUUCAGUUGAAGGAGAACAACUACAAUGCCAUCGAGAAAGUAGUAGAAGAAGAGGUGGCACGUCUACGGUCCUCCUUGCCAUCCGUGACGCAACUUCAACAAGGGGUUCCUGUGGAGAACGCGGUAAAGAAGGCUGCUGUUAGAGCUCUUUUUUAG